CGGUGAUCAAGAAACGUAUCAGUGUUCUUGUGCAAACGCAGAAAGACCAAAAGCAGUACGUCGUGUUUAACGUCAGAUACGAAAAGCCCUCUGUAAGAACGCUCGUCCUGGUCGCGGAGACCGAAUUAAACGACGGUGAGCGCACGAAACGGCCAUCGUACGUUCUUCCGACCUUUGCCUAGCAAAGUGUUGGACUGUCUAAGUUAGUGCUAGCAAGAAAUACGGACCACAGAUAGCAAUUGAGUGAAACUCCGUUUCAUGCAUGAAACGUGACAGCAACGUGUUUGUAGACGCUUGGUUGGCACUCGGGUACUUUCGAGUGUUUAUAACAUUCUACAACUACGGGACCGCUACGCCUUUCGCUUUCCGUUGAGGUCGAGGAACCCGAGUGGGGAAGUCUGAGGGGACCGCCCGAGGCACUACUGGUCACGAUAGGUACUCCGUGGCCGACUUCUGCGGUACGUUGAUUGGAUGGAAGAAAGCUGCAGAGAGAGUCCAGCCGAAUCAGGCCAGGCAUUGCCUCUCACAAGAGACUCCAGCAGUCAGACCAUCAGCGUAGUGCAAGGUCUUGGCCCCAGGUUCUCCAAGAUCAACCUGUUUAGCUUGUUGAGUUUGUGGCUGGAGCUGUUCCCUCAAGAGCGACCAGAGGACAACAACAAUCCGAUCCGCAGCGUGGGUCUCGUGGUGGUGCGGGAGAGUAAGGUGGUGGGGCUCCACUAUAGUGGUCAUGAGCUCCACGCGGGCCAAGCAGCCAUAAUCCAACACGCUGCCCGCUUGGCCGACUGUCAGCUGUACUUCUCUCGGCGACCAUGUGCCACCUGCUUGAAGAUGAUCAUCAAUGCUGGAGUGAGUCAGAUCUCCUUUUGGCCUGGAGACCCCGAGGUCAGCAUGCUGAGAUCCGGCCCCCACGCUCCUGCGGGCCAGAUCUCCGAGGAAGCCACGCUAGACGCUGUGGCUACAGAGAAGCUCAAGUCCAACAGCCGCUCGCACAUCUGCUUGCUACUGCAACCUCUGGCAACUGGCAUGGUGCAGUUUGUUGGCGAGACGUCCAGAGAGUGUGAUUUCAUGGCGACGCUGACCGAUGAUGACCCCGGCCUGAACACAGAGGAAGUCUUCUGCAGUGAACAAGAGAAACACUUUGAAGAUUUCUCCAAACGCUUCCUGAUUGAGGACUGCCAUCAGCACCGAGAGAUUUUGAACCAAAUGCAUCUGGAGAACUUCUGCGUGGAGCCCUACUUUUCCAACCUCCGACACAACAUGAGGGAACCUGCGGCCCCUGAGACAUUACUCACCAGCUCGGCGUCGCCCCCUCAUCAUGAGGGAGUGUCCCAAGAAGUCGCCCGUCAUUGCAUCAUCCAAGCCAGGCUACUUGCUUACAGAACAGAGGACCCUAAAGUAGGUGUUGGCGCCGUUGUCUGGGCCAGCAGACGGUUGGCUGGCCUUAAUGGACUCGGUCGUCUGUCCCUGGUGGGUUGUGGCUACAAUGCUUACCCAGCGGGCUCGCAGUACGCCGAGUACCCACUCAUGGAUGACAAACAGGAGGACCGAAAGCGGCGCAAGUACCGCUACAUUAUCCACGCUGAGCAGAAUGCCCUCACCUUCAGGACUCGCGAUAUCAACCCGGAGGAAGCCGCCAUGCUGUUUGUGACGAAGUGUCCAUGUGACGAGUGCAUCCCUCUGAUUAGAAGUGCAGGCAUCACGCACAUUUACACCACCGACCACGACCGUGACAGGAACAAAGGAGACAUUUCUUACCUCCGAUUCAGCAACUUGAAGGGAAUCCAAAAGUUCAUCUGGCAAAGGGACCCUGUUGCAUCUCCUUUGAACAUCACCAAUGGUCACAGUAGCAAGCGCAACAGGGAAGAGACGCAGGAGAAGCACAGCAUCAAGAAGCUCCGCGACAGCAGAUCUAAUAACUUGCCCCCCGUCAGCUGAGCGUCAGCCCCCCGAACAGUGGCACCGCAUGUGCACAUUGGAACUGAACUGGCAGCGUAAAUCUUCCAAAGAUUUGCGUGUACGCCACUUGGAUCAGCAUCGAGACACACGAAAACUGAGCUGACCACACUGACCUCAUCGCUCAGCAGCAGUUUAGAGUACAUUGAAGAUACUGUAUAACCCUAAUGUGGGUUGUGGUUGUCAUUAUGUAAGGAUCACUGUAUUGAGUUGUUUUAGAUGUAUGUGUGAUUCCUAGUUAAUGUCCAGGGUUAUGUAUUUUAAUGGACUAAUGAUGGUUGUGAUUUUUGUCAUUCUGUUUGUAAUAAAUAGGAUAUGCACGAAUGCGACAUAGCGCCAACAGAUGCAGCUUGAUUCCACCGCUUUUAAAUUCAGUCAAGAAUUCCCAACUUCCACUUGGCUGAUAAGAAUGCUUUAAUCACGAGGCUUUAGUCAGCCUGGUGUAACUUGAGGCUGCCUGCCUGCCUGCAAACCUUGUGACAAAUGAAAGUACAGAGAUUGAGUUUCCAUCCUUAUAUUCAUUCUCGGUAUAGUACACAAUGAAGCUAGCUGCAUCUCGUACGAGAUGAAAAGCUAGCAACGAGAUCCAGAAUGCGGACAAGACUUGGUCAAACAUCCACAGGGAAAUGAACGACUCAUUAAAGCUUAAGUUUUGUGUG